AUGGCGAAGACGGACGUCCAUAGAUAUAGUGCACAACAGACAGAGCCAGAUAAGAAUAUUUCUGACAGCGGGCCCCGGGAAGUUACGUCAAAGGGUUUCUUGACGACGCUUGGAUCAACGAAACCCUCCGAGAUAGCUUCCAAACCUGAAGAUGGAAAAACUGACAGCAUCACAUCAAUGAGAGCACUGAGUGACCUGGCACAAGAUGUUAACAAACCAGCAGCGACCAUUGUCCAAAAUGAUGGCGACCAAAAUGACCCGGAUGGUACGGACGUUGAGUUAUCUCCCUUUAAUGUACGUGAUAUCACGUCCGACAUGCAGAGUGCGAACCUCGAACGCUCAGUGGCUUCGGAAGGUACCAGUUCAACGCCACUGGCUGUUAGCCCUACAAAUAGCUCUCAGCCUACAUGUAAUCAAAGGACCCACAAAGGAUGUGACGUCAUUAAUUAUGAACGAUGUACUCAAAUGGGGACAUGCGGAUGCCUUAGAGGAUACCUUAAAGACGUCAUAACAGACAAAUGUAUAGCUGCACAGUUCUUCACUGGUGAAAUUGAGUUAGCCAACGAUUACACGGAAGAUUUUGCAGAUAAAUCUAGCGACGCAUAUAUACGACUGACAACACAACUGCAGCAAGUUUUGCUACGAGCUUUUAAAAGUCAAGAUGUUUCCGGCAUUUUGCGCAUCAAAGUUACCAACAUUGCUGCAGAGAAGCUUCUGGUUACCUUUGAGAUUGCAGUGGACAAAGUGAACUCCGGCGGCCGUGACUACCUACAGCGUCAGUACUAUCAAGGCUUGACCAGCACAGCCCAUAGGGAUGAUAAUGAAGGACUGGUCAAGCUUAGGGGCACAGACUUGAUCCUUGGAACCAAUGGCAGCAUUGCUUGGUAUUUGAAACCAUUCACCGAAACCAACCACUGUGUAGAACAGGCCCACAACUACUGUGACGUGAAUGCUAGGUGUACCCAUAAGAUGAGAUCCUUCACUUGUAGUUGCGACGACGGGUUUGUCGACGUCUCCCCCGACAAGCUACGUAGUCCCGGCGAACGGUGUGCUGUCAAAUGUCCCUGUCGCAAUAACGGUACCUGUGACACUACUAACGGAAAGACUGAAUGCCGGUGCCCGAAAUGGUUCAUCGGAAGCAACUGUGAAAUCAAUGGAAAAGACCUGCUCAUCAUCUGCUGUAGUGUUCUCGGGGGGUUAUUGGUCCUGACCGUCCUCCUGUGUCUCGUCUGCAUCUGUGCUGUCAAAAACAGAAAAUCCAGCCGGUCCAGCACUGUUGGAGUUGGAAGUUUGGACACCAGUGUGGUUAAACUGCCCCGUGUGUGGAUGGACGGGACACGCCCAUAUGAACUACCCCCAGGGACAUGAGAAGAUGGAGCUAUGUGUCAGAGCCUAUACGAUACGUGGAUGAAUAUAUGAUGGAUGACUAUGUUCAUGCCGAGACGCUGCCCCUGCCGCGGUCACACGACGCCAAGAAAAGGUUCUACCCUGCAUACGGGAACCAGGCCUACAGUAGCUCAACAUUAAACAUCCGUCCAGCCUCAAGACAUUAGGUGCUGACCACUCUACCCAAUUCAGUUUGCAGUUUGAAUGAAAGAUGCUACUGUCUUGACCGCAAACCCAAACAAUCUUAAAUCAGAGACCUUAUAAUAGAUUAUAUGGUCUCUGCUUAAAUUCACUUUCUUACUGAACGAGAGACAAUCUGGUAAGUAGGAGUAAUCUCCCUCCCAGAAGACUAUGAAACCGUUUUAGUUUUUCUGUCAGUGUAGAUCACAGCGCCUUUAAAUCAUCUCUUCAAAAGCCAAUGACUGAAUCUAUCAUUAAUAGUACUCAUACCCACAGGGGCUUGUAACGCUAAAAACUGAUAUCAAGGUAUAUACUGUCACUGACGGGGUCUUAGUACUAUAUA